GCCUCUCCCAAUCAGUCCGCGCUUCUCCUCUUUUCCCUGCUGUGACCCGGUCGAUUCGCCCUCAAAACUCUCCUUUCUCCCUCGUCUCUUCUCUGAUCCUGCUGUCUCGCUCUCUUUGCCCAGCGCUUCCCUGGAUUCCCCGUGCUGCCGCUCUCCUUCUCCCGCUCAACCGGCUCUCCGUUACCUUCUAACCCUCUUCCAGUCCCGAUUGUGUGUGUGUCUCCGCGCGCGCGAAGGCCAGCUUCCAUCUGAGAGCUACUGGUUGUCUGGUUCAGCUGUCCCCUCAGCGUACCAAACUAUCCUCUCCUUGCUUCCCUAAUCAAUCAGGCCCACCGUUACCUUCUGGAACCGUUCUAUGGUCUCCUCGCAUUCCCCGGAUAAACACCAGGAACUAUCUCUCUGCUGAAUACCACCGCCAUCACAACUGCCAGCAUUAAAUUGCCCAGGAUAACGACCCGUUUGACCCCUCAAGGAUCCGUUUCCAUUUCAGUCGCCUGUGCCAUCACUGAAUCGGAAUCUUCUUGUUUGGGCCACAUUCCCGCAAGGCCAGAAGUGUUGCGAUUGCGAUUUGCUUGUUAGUCCGCCUGGACGGAUUUCGCCUCGACCAAUUGUGCGCGCUGUGCUAGUCUUACCUCUUUCACCAUCUACUAUCCGCCAUGACUGAAGUCUCGUCCACCCGACUCUAUCUCGGGAACCUCCCCCGCAAUGUGACCAAACAGGAUAUCGAGGAGCAUUUCAGCACCCAUGGUUCCGGAAAGAUUACAGAGAUCAAGCUCAUGAAUGGCUUCGGUUUCAUUGAAUAUGAGGAUGCGAUGGAUGCUAGAGAUGUUGUACCCGCCUUCCACGGUAGUGAUUUCAAAGGCGAGCGCCUCACCGUGCAAUUUGCCCGUGGACCGCGCCGCAAGGAGAACUUCCCUGGCCCAAUGGACCGUCCCAAUAUGCCUCGUCCGCGUCGCACGAUCUUUCGCAUGAUGGUUUCUGGACUCCCGGAAACAAGUUGGCAGGAUCUUAAAGACUUUGCACGUCAAUCUGGCUUGGACGUGGUUUACUCUGAAACUGGCCGUGAACUCGGCAGAGGAUUCGUGGAGUUUGAAACCGCCAACGACCUGAAGACGGCCAUUGAGAAACUGGAUGGACGUGAAUUCAAAGGCUCCCGCGUCACUUGCAUUGCCGAUAUUCAAACUUACCCGGAUGAACGUGCCAUUCGUGACCCGUACCGGUCUCGAUCCCCGCGUCGGAGCUACCCUCCCAUGGAUGAAUAUGACCGGCGGUUCCCUGCGCCACGGGGAUACAGCCCCCGGGCUCACUAUCGGGAACGCUCCCCCAUCCCAAUCCGGAGGGACUAUUAUGACCGGGAUGGAUAUGGACGUCGUACUCCCCCCCGCCCUCGGAUGGAAGACUACCCUCCCCCGCGUCGUCCCUACGAUGACCCGUACGAUGUCCGCCCGCCACCACCACCUCGCCAUUAUGACGACCCCUACGCACCCCCUCGCCCUUAUGGACGGCCUCGCAGCCCACCCCGGGGCGAGUACAUGCCUUAUGACCGCCGCGGAUACUGGUAGUUGUCUGUAAUUAGCUCGUUGGUUGUGUUCCACUCAGCGCAUGGCGGAUACCCAUUGUGCAUGCUUUCCCCCCUUUGUUUUCUCUUGUUGAUUGGUUUCCCCUCUCAUGGCCGUUCCGGAUGAGUUGAUACCUCCCAUUUCGGAGUCAGCUUCUGGAUCGGACACGGCCCAAGAUACGAAUGUGUGUGUGUGUGUGUGUGUGUCAGAAUGACACGGACAACGGAACGACACUGGCGCUUGUUUUCAUCACUUGAUGUGACC